AUGGUGGAUCCCAACCCGAUUGUGGCUUCGAAAGGGGUGGAUAAAUUGAGAGGGGCAGGAAUAGAUGUGACGGUUGGUGUGGAACAGGAACUGUGCAAGAGGCUCAACGAGGCCUACAUCCAUAAGAUGCUCACAGGGAACCCUUUUCUCACAAUUAGAUACUCCAUAUCUCUGAAUGGCACCUCGGAUCCAAUUCGUGUUCCUUUAGUGGGUGUCGGGCAAUCAGAUUCUAAAGUGAUAAUCUUUGUAGACAAGAAAUCCAGCGUUGAAACUAGCCAGAGAGGAAACGAAACUGUGGUAUUGGAUCGCAUAAAUCUGAAUGCUAUAUUGGAGUACUGUAAGCAGCAGGGUCUGUGCAGUCUUCUGCUGGAUUUGAGGGGAACUCCUGCUGGGCUAGAGAAGCUUGUCAAGGAAGGUAUGGAGUACAAGAUGUUGCAGAAGAUUGUAGUUGAAGUAUUGCCUGUGUGGGAAGGUGAAGGUGAUGCAGCUGCUCUAGCUGCAUUGAAGACCAUGGGGAGACACGUAGACCUGAAGAAUGUACAGACCAGUAGCUCAGACGGAAGUAUUGUACUUGAGGGUUACUUUUAG